UUUAAAAAAAAAAAAAUCGAAGAAUUUGCAGAGCUCUUUCUUCUUCUAUUGUCUCUCCCAUCAGUUUCCAAUGAGCUUAUGAGCUUAGCUUUUCAUCAUUGAAGUAAAGCACCCUACACACGGUCUUUAUUUUGGAUCACCGCCAGGUCUACCACUGACUUAUGGAGACAAUGAGCGAAAAUGAACCACAAUUGGACAUCAAGGCAUCGGAAAUAGAGUAUGUUAGCUAUGGGGGUGAACAUCAUCUACCUCUUAUCAUGAACCUUGUUGAUGAAGAGCUUAGUGAGCCCUACUCCAUCUUCACUUACCGCUACUUUGUCUAUCUUUGGCCGCAACUGUCUUUUAUGGCUUUCCAUAAGGGGAAAUGUAUAGGGACGGUGGUCUGCAAGAUGGGAGAGCAUCGCGGUACUUUCAGAGGUUACAUUGCAAUGCUUGUGGUUCUUAAGCCUUACAGAGGCAAAGGAAUCGCUACAGAACUUGUCACAAGAUCUAUCAAGGUGAUGAUGGAAUCUGGUUGUGAAGAGGUGACUUUGGAAGCAGAAGUUACAAAUAAAGGAGCACUCGCUUUGUAUGGUCGUCUUGGAUUCAUUAGAGCAAAGAGACUCUUUCAUUAUUAUUUGAACGGUGUAGAUGCUUUCCGGCUGAAGCUAUUAUUUCCGCGCUCAGAACCACAACCCUAUGGUUCCAUGGCUGCUACAGGCGAUGAGAACCAUGAGUAUAAUGAACACACACAUUGUGGAGAGAAUUCCCAUUGCCACCACAGCAUGUAAACUGAAUCUUCUGAUUAAAUAGGUAACGUGUGCUACUUUGUCGCCAACUGCCAAAGAGACCACAUUAGACCGCCUUUUUCCGUUAUAAUACCCAAUUUUGGUACACAUUUUUUUUUCCCAAGUUGUAGAAACUGAGGUCUGGCCUGUUGAAAAGUUUAGUCAUCAAUCACUUGAUUAAGUGAUGCAUCUAUGUACUCCACAUUGCUUAAUGAGUUGCUUCUCCCCUUAAAGCAGCAGGAAAUUUUAGACAACACAUUGGAUUCAACUAUUCAUGAGAUGUGAUUAUGUUCAAGCAGGACUCCUAGUUGGGAGAAAGUUACCUUUACCCGACAUUUGUAUCAAAUCAAUAAAUGCAUGACAUGUGUUUCUUCCUCCUAGUCCGAAAGGGAGAAGACCAUAUUGCUUUGAA